AUCCCUGUUCAACUGUGAAGUUCAAAGUGGCUUUGCAUGAUUUGCAGCACAUGUCUGCAUGUUUAUUUGGAAGCAAGUUCCCCUAGGUUAAACUGAAUAAUAAUAACAUCUCAAAUCCACAAGAUAGCAAUACCUUUAUUGGGCCAACCAAAAUGCACAAAAUACAUGUUGCAAACUUUUGGAGCUGCACUGGCUUCUGCAUCAGGCAAAGGUGUUAAAAAUCAUAUAGGAGAAAGAAAAUUAUGACAUUGUUAAGAGUCAGAGGCCUACAUUUUGUUGAGAUGAUGUUGUUUUCAGUCAAGAAGGCAUGGAGAUAGCCAUGAGGUAGGCCACUUCUUCUCCUGUGGUGUUUGGCAGAUUAAUGGUCAUAAAGCCCAGGAAAUAAAAUUUAAAUUCCAUUGCUUCCUUUGACAUCAGGUUGCCUCCAGGCCACCGUCUCCUUUUAUACACAGAGAACAUUGAAUUUCUCAAGAAGCAUUAGGGAAACCUGUGGUGCUGUUUAGGCAAAACAUGCCAAUUUUUUUUAAACAACCUUUGUUGGAGGUAGAAACCUCAGGAGUAACGUCCCAGUCUCUUGGCUCCCUCUUAAGGAUUUCCCUGCAGUGGCUAAAAUGCAGUAUCUUCAUAUCCAGGGGUAGCCAUAUUGGCCAUAAAGUAAAAUACAACACAGGAUUCUCACCUUGGUAUUUGUUGGGCUAAUCUUCUCUGUGGGGGUCUUCUAUAUAGCACUUAGGAUUCUUGAAAAGUAGCAUGUGUAUGUUUGUACUUUCAGUUGCCUUUCAGGUUACAGUGACCCCAUGAAUUUCAUAGGGUUUUGUUAGACAAGGAAUACUGAAAUGCCUUCUGCUGAAAUACGAGCUGAAGCACUUGACAUUCCUUAGCAGUCUCCCUUCCAAGUAGUAACCAGCCCUGACCCUGCUUAGCUUCCAAGAUCAGAAAGGAUCUGUUAUCUUGAGAAUAUUUAGACCUACAAAGGGGAAUAAAACAAAUAACUGUUCAGGAGUCUGGAUAUAAGAGUUGAACUGAACCCUUAAUUUUCAUUACAGUAUUUAUCUGCCCAAACAAUUCCUUACAUUUAUGGUGAUUUUUAUAUAUUUUUGUGAAAAAUAAAUGUGAGAAGCAGUGACGUCCCUAGGGUUGGUGUCACCCAGUACGGUCACUCAUAGUGUCACCUCCCUCAUUGACCUCCUCUUCCCAUUUCACACCAUACAGAGUCAUUAGUAAUUUUUUCUGCACUAAUGUUACUCACAAAUCAGGGGUGGGACUGUCACCUCCAUUCCAGCAGAAUUAUGCAUGAAUGUUACAGUGUGGGUCUUAAAAAACUAACCUUUCCCUAGCUGUAUUUUCCCAACUGUGUUUUUGUGCUGCUAGUUUUGAAUAUCUAUGCUGUUUAACAUGCCUUAUGGAAUUCUUCACAGUAAGGUUUAACUUAUGCAUUUAACCUGACAGUGCAUGUACUCCAACUCAUCAUGAUCCAGCUAUAACACCAGCUGUAACAUCAUCUAACCAGCUGAACCUGUUGAGGGAAGAUGAUGAAAGAUAUAAUGCAACACAUCUGGAAGUUGCCAUGUUGGCAGAGCCAUAUGUUUAAAGCCAUAUGUUCAGGGCUGUGCCCUAAAAAUCAGUCUCUAUCUAUCUAUCUAUCUAUCUAUCUAUCUAUCUAUCUAUCUAUGCUUUUAAAUAUCUUAAGUACAUUAAAUAAACAAUUGUGCUUUUUCCCCAUUGUUUUCAGCCUUGUGACUACUUGCAUAGUCUUCACAAUGACUACUCUUUGGAAAGACAUUUUGCGUAAUGUCCAGCUUAUUCAGUAUGUGGCUCCAAUUGCCGUGGAUGCAGCACUCCUUGAAGGGGUUCUAAUGAGAACCAAAGAUGACCCAAAUGCAUCUGAUGUGGUGAAUUUUGCUCCUUUUACACUGCUCCCAUCUGCAGUACCAAGUGAUUUGCUUAAGCAAGCCUAUUCAGUUCAACAAGACUUUAAUCAGCUGGUAGAUAAAGUUAGCCAAGAUACAGAAUUCCUAGAGCGCACUCUUGCCAGCACACUCAAAGUGGAUGAAUUUACUGCUCAGCUUUUUAACAUUUACAAGCAAGUUUUGAAAGAAGGAGUGACUCAGACAGUGUUUUUAGGAAUCAAUCGCUCUGAUUACAUGUUUGACUGUGGUACAGGUGGCUUUCCGGCUUUAAAGCAAGUUGAAAUAAACACAAUUGCUGCCAGCUUUGGAGGUCUCACAUCUCGAACGACUGCAGUACAUCGGCACGUGUUGAAUGUUUUGGGAAAGACAAAGGAAGCCUCAAAAUUACUGUCUAAUAAUCCAUCCAAAGGGAUUGCCAUAGGAAUUGCAAAAGCUUGGGAACUCUAUGGCUCAGAUAGAGACAGAGGUCAGCUUUUUGAGACUUACAGAAUAAUGAGGGAAGCAGAAGAUAAGAAUAGAGCAGUAGUAAUGUUCCUGAUUGAGGAGACUCAGAGAAAUAUUUUUGAUCAACGCUGUAUAGAAAAUGAACUUUGGAUGAGGAAUAUUCGAGUUAUUCGAAGAAGUUUUAAAGAUGUAUUUGAAAAAGCAUCUCUGAACAGUGACAGGAGAUUGCACAUAGAUGGAGAAGAGGUUGCAGUGGUAUACUAUAGAGAAGGUUACGUUCCAAAGAAUUAUAAUAAACAGAAUUGGGAGGCCCGGUUGUUGCUGGAAAAGUCUAGAGCAGUGAAGUGCCCAGAUAUUGCCACACAGCUUGUUGGGACCAAAAAAGUUCAGCAGGAGCUGAGUCGACCAGGAAUGCUAGAAAGAUUUCUGCCAAAUGAACCAGAAGCAGUUGGUCGAUUAAGAGCAACGUUCACAGGGCUGUACUCUCUAGAGAUGGAUGAAGAAGGUGAUAAGAUGGUUGCUAUGGCUAUUGCUGACCCAGAUCGGUUUGUGUUAAAACCACAACGGGAGGGAGGAGGGAACAAUCUCUAUGGUGAUGAUCUGAAGCAAGCUUUGGAGAAAAUUAAAGACAGUCCUGAGAGGACCUCCUACAUUCUCAUGGACAAAAUAAAACCCCUUCCAACACUGAAUUACUUAUUGAGGGCUCACAGUCCAUUGAAAAUAUCAGAAUGUGUGUCUGAAUUAGGAAUUUUUGGAGUUUACAUCAGACAUGGUCAGGACCUUGUGAUGAACCAGCAUGUUGGCCAUCUCUUGCGAACAAAAGCAGUAGAACAUGCAGAUGGUGGAGUAGCAGCUGGAGUAGCUGUUCUAGAUACUCCCUAUGUGAUAUGAAAUCAGUACCUCAGUAACAUCUCCACUGCACUUGGAAAUGGAUUUUCCCCCUUUUAGGCCUUGAUUGCCAAAGGGCAGUGAAGAUGAGAUUUAUACCGGAAGCUCUCCUCUUACAUGUAAUCCUCAAAUACAAAUCAGCAGAGUUGCACUGAUAUUUUUUUUAGUAACUGCACCUUCCUGAUCUCAGAGAAAAUAUAUUGAAUUACAGUAGAUCUUCAUUGAUAUCCUCUUUCUGUUUGAAGCACCUUUGUUAAACAUGCCUCUUCUGGAUCUUGUGCCCUUUUAUUGUGCCGUCAUCACAGACAACCUGCUGAUGCUCUGAUAAAACAUUUCCUACAGUAUCAUAGGACUGCAGAUACAUCAUCAAGUGCUUUGUACCACAAGACUGUAUUAUUGUGUGAACUUGUUUUUUUACAUUUUCAAGGUGUAUUUGCAUCCUGCUGCAAAGAGGCUGGAAGAGAACUUGUUCUAGACUUCCAUGUUUUGCUGCACAUCCUGUUUAUGUACUUGUCUACAGGGACACAACACUAUAAAGUUACUGUGCAGGGUACUUCUUUUAAAGGAAACUUAUAGCCACAUAUAUCCUAGUAUAUGAUAAAGGAACACUAUUACUUCACCUUUAACUUGAAGUGAUUGAAACUAGACUGUUUUGUGCUAUGGUACAUUUGAUUAAUAUCUGAAAGUGAACAGCUUCACAGCUUCACCACUGAAGAAAGAAACUAAGUGUGCUCAUGUUUCAAGAAAACUUUUCAACAUGCAUAUAUAGAACAACCCAAAUCAAUAUUGAUGUCAAACACACUGUAACAGCAGAUGAUGGCAUUUGAUUUGUUUAGCUGACUUUUAAGAUAAGAGUGCAGUCAUUUCCAGCACUAAGCCAUGUGUCAUUUUAAGAAUAGGCAAGUUGUUUUUCAAAUUGUUUUUGGAACAGCAGCUUGCCAUGUUGUAAUCACACUGAUUUAAAAAGAUAAAAUUCAUUUAUCUUUGUUGGCUCCAAUUUUUUUUUAAAAAAAAUCAGUCUGUCUCUACACACUGGUGUUUUUCUUGAGCAUGGCCUUUGUAGUAAAAAUAACAGGAUGCUGUACAUUGAAUGCAUGCUUUUAGAGGAGAGAUUUAGAAAAGCAACUUGACUUAAUUAUGAGCACAGUAUUAAGGACCAAAAUGGUGUACCAGAGCAUCUUUAUUCAAAUAGCCUAAAUGAAUUUUCUAAAUAAAUACCAUUAUAAAUACUGAAAA